AUGGUGAGGCUCCAUGGUCUAGUCAUAUCUCAGGCACCCGGGACAGCAGAUACACCAAGAGCUCAUACGUUCAAUCCCUUUGGUUUCGAGUGUCUCCGCGAUCUCGGACUCGAGGAUGCCGCUUUGCAAGUGGCAGUGCGAGGUGAGGUGUUUCAGUCUAUGCGCUGGUGCCGCUCAAUGAAUGGGGCCGAGUAUGGGAGGGUCAGAGGGUGGGGUGAGCAUCCGGCCUGUCGGGGAGAUGUCGAAAGUCUCAGUCCAUGUAAGCAUGCCGAGUUCCCGCAGUCUGAGCUGGAGCCUCUGCUUGUUAAGUAUGCCUCGCAUCAUAACUUCCACGUGCGAUUCUCAACGGAGCUGGUAAACGUUGAGCAGACCACCUCCGAGUCCAACUCGGUGCGGUAUAUUUGCACCGUCCGCGACCUCAUCUCAACCCAGACAUUUCAAAUCCACGCAGACUAUCUUUUCGGCGCAGAUGGGGCCCGGAGUCACGUCGCCCGCUCGCUAGGAUUCAACUUCAGUAGCCAGCCUAGUGGCGGGAAAGCGUGCAAUGUGCUCUUACGUGCGGACCUAGGGCACAUCAUGCACAGGGAGCGCCAGACAGGCCUUCAUUGGAUUGCUAAAUGUGACCGGAGCUCGUUCCCAGGAAUGGUUGCGCAUAUGAGAAUGGUUCGACCGUGGAAUGAGUGGAUUGUCGUGGGAUUUGGUGAGAAGGGAUCUAAUCCUUUCGAGGGACUGACAGCAGAGAGCCCCGAGCUUGUUGAUUGCGUACGGGAGCUCAUUGGUGAUGAGGGGGUUGAGAUUGAGGUUGUUCGCGUGGAUCCGUGGACUAUUCGAGAGAGUGUCGCAGACAGCUACUCACUCGGCGGUGAAACUGUAUUUCUUCUCGGUGAUGCAGCGCAUCGGCAUCCACCUGCCUUUGGGCUGGGAAGCAAUACUUGCGUUCAGGACGCUUAUAACCUCGCCUGGAAGGUGGCGUAUGUCGCCAAGGGCCUGGCUGGUGCAGGGCUAUUGAGAUCAUACAGCCUUGAGCGCCAGCCAGUUGGUGCCACGCUAGUCCGUGAAUCGAACCAGGGGAUCAGAGCACACGCGCAGGUUUGGCAAUCACUCGGCAUGUUCGCUCAGACCCGCGCUGAGGGUGUAGAGCAGCUCGGCAUGCUCUCUAAAGCGACAGUUGAGGGUGACACCGCCCGAGCAAGUCUCGACGACGCGUUGAAACGCAUAGGCUACGAGAUUCAGAGCCUAGGUAUCGCUUACAAUCAGUGGUAUAAUUCAAGCGCCGUAUACACUCAGGACGAGCCAGGUGAUCGACCACAACUAGAAGCCGACCCAAUUGUUUGUCCACAAGUCACAACAUACCCAGGUAGUCGCCUUCCACAUGCUUGGUUGGAUGUUCCGACUCGCCAAAGGACAAUUUCAACGCUGGAUUUGGCUGGGAAGGGCGCCUUCUGCCUUUUGUUCGGCGUUGGAGGGGACGCAUGGAAGCAGGCUGCGAGGGCCGUCACGGCUGCGACGGGGAUUCCUGUAAAUGCGUAUGGGAUUGGCUUUGGACUUGAUUAUAUCGACAUCCAUCGUGACUGGGCCGCGAAACGGGGGGUGGAAGAGAGUGGAUGCGUGCUAGUCAGGCCUGAUCGGUUUGUGGCCUGGAGGUCACUUAACGCUGUUUCGGAUUGCGAGGGAAAGCUGAGGAGUGUGCUUGAUCUGAUAUUGUCCAGACAUGAGUUGUGA